AUGCCCAAGGACACUAAGCCCAAGGCUCACCCCGCGCGGCAGCCUCCCUCCUCUUCCUCGCGGCCCCCCGCCUCGCUCAUCAACGCGGCCGGCUCCCCGCCUUCCCAGCCGUCCCCGGGUACGGCUCAGCUAGCCCCAUCGCCUGCACUCCUCUUGCAACGACUCGCGAACGUUGACCAGACGGUGCUCGCCACUCUUGCGUCCCAGCUCGGCCCCGAAUUCUCAGCGGACUCGCUCAAGUCUCUCGCCACCAGCUCCGAAACAAGCCUUCCCUCUCCUCCUCAAUCCACCGCUGCAAGCCAGCACCUGCGGUACCCCGACGAGGCUCCCGACGCCCACGCCGACGCCGACCAUUCCCAUCCUCACUCGUUAGCGACGCAGCAUCUCCAGGCGCAGGUCUCCAAGAUUGCCGCCGCGCCAGGAGGUCCUCCAAGCGGGCCGCCGUACGGUAUCAACAGAUGGAUCUCGACGCCGGAGCGCACUCCGCCCAGUAUGGAGGACGAAAUUGCCGAACUCGUCGUCGCGGACAUGCUCCGUGAGCUGGAUAACAAGGACCCAAGCACGUACGUUGUCACCGUCCGCUCUGGGAGCGCAGAAGAGGAAUUCGCAAAGUGGAAACAACAACCCCGCGUUAGGAGGCGUCUACCGUCGGGCGCGACUUUCAUUGACCCCCGAUCAUUCGUUCUGGACCUGGUUAGCGGGAAGACCGACCAUCUAGUUCUCGACGAGGCCAUUGCUCUGAGUGUGAACCCGAGCAUUAUGAUGCCCAUUGUCGCCAGCGUCGGUCGUCGACCGAACGGUACAGUUACGAUCCUCAGGGAGGGCUGCUACCAAGCUGCUACAUUGUCAAUCAUUCAGAACCACUUCCACCAGUGGGUGGUAGCGUCGCUCAUGUGGUGUGGUCCGGGCGGACUUCAGCGCAGCGACAGCGACAGGCGCCGUCGCCAGGAGCUCGCCCUCGUCCACGCCCGGUACGAUCUGUUGGAAAUUGACUUCUCGAACUGCUCCUCGGAGGCACGUCUCGUUCAGCGGUGGCACGCUGCCCUGUUCUGGCGCCGCGCGAACUCCCAGGUGCGCCAGUAUGCGCUUGCCCCCGGCCUGAGCGAUGUAGGCUGCACCGACGGGUCACGGUGGCCAAAACCCCGGCCCACGCUCCGUGGCAUGCGUGUCCGACACAACAUCCCUGAGGGCGCCGCCGAGGCCACCGGCUCGGGUGACGAACUUCUGGACGACGCUCUCGGUGACGACGACGCUGGCGGCGACAACAACACUGGCGACAACGACGACACUGGCGGCGACGCGCGGCGUCUGCUUGUGCCAGUCGACUGGGUGUACAUGCACUCAGUCGGCUGGUGCGAGUUUGACAACUGCCCCGCUACCGAGCCGCAGGAGUGUAAGGUGAUGAUGGUCAAUGGCAAGAUUGUCGAAGUGUGCCACCGCUGUGCCGACAUAAUUCGCAACCCAGAGCGCUACAAGUAA